AAAGUUGGCAUUGCAAAACUCUGCCCGCAAUACACCAUAUGCAAUUCCAAGUUUUCUGCAUAUUUUCGUGCGUACAUACUGACUCAUUAAGCUUGAAAGCGUUUAUGGACGUGAAAUAAUUUGAAUCAGUCUGUCGCCUCGAGUCCAAGAGUUCGUUAUCCUCUACCUCCACUGCCUUAAGCUAAGGCCUUAAGCUAAGGUCAAUAUGGCCAUAGGAAUAUCCCCAAUUCUUAACUGGGCGAGAAAUAACGCCCGAAUCGAGAAGAGCUAUGUUCGUGAAAUUAUUGCCGAAUUUUUAGCCACGUUUACACUCUGCUUAUUUGCGGUGGGAGGUACGAUGAAUAUUAACGCCAGCAUCAAUAGUGUUGGGUCACCUAUCAGAUUUGUGUCUAGUCCAACUUCCUCUGUGUGGCCAGUGGCCUUUGGCUACUUUCUUGCCACCCUGCUCUUUGGAGGGGUUUCUGGAUCACACGUGAACCCUGCUAUUUCAAUCGGCAUGGCGAUUGCGGGCCGGUUAUCUUGGGUUAAGUUGCAUGCGUUCAUCUUAGUACAGAUUCUUGGAGGAUAUCUUGGCUCACUCUUCGCUUAUGCAAUGUUCAAAUCCUAUUUUGAUUCUCUGACCACUGGAGACUGGACAAAUAAUCCUGCAUCUGCAGCCAUCUUUAAUUCGACCCCAGGAUAUAUUAGCCUAGGGUCCGGCUUUUUCAAUGAGAUUGUACUCACCUGCCUCUUCAUGAUGGCAUUCCUGGCUGUAAAUGAUAUGUGGAAUUCUCGAAGUCCUCGUUAUGUGCAAGGAAUCCUUAUCGGACUCGUCGUCAUAGGGUUGGGACUCUCAUUUGGCGAUACGACCGGCGUCGCUAUAAACCCUGCUCGCGAUAUUUGUCCCAGACUUGCUGCCCUUUCGCUCGGUUGGGAUUCUAACAUUGUGAUGAAAAGUCCAAGUCCAAGGGAUGAGCAGUGGUGGUCAGUUGGAUUCUUUGCACCCUUUAUCGGUGCAAUAGUCGGGUCUUUCCUUUACAUUUUCGUGAUUGGAGCACAAUUACGCUACAAUGACGGGGAGGAUUCUGGGGACGUGGUAACGAUUGAAGCGAGUCCCAUGGGAAUGGGCAUGGGAAUGGGUGGGGUUGAGCCACAGGAAAGGUGGAAAGCAAAUGUGUUCGUCCCCAGGGUUCCUUUUGGUAAGAAGCAACAGGGGCAACCCCAAAUGCCACCACAAAUGUCGUAUCAGCAACAUCCGAAUCAAAUGCCUGUCAUGACUCCAUAUUCGAGGGUUCAAUUUCGGCAGUAGUUUGUAGUUCAUGUAAAGCUUAUCAACAUGAUUAUAUAGUGAAAAGUGAAAAAAGUUGGGUAUUAAAUAGUUGGUUAUGUUAUAAAAGCCAACUUUUUUGGUAGAAAAGUGUAAUAUUGUACAAAUUAUGAAAAUAUAUUUGGUAAAUUUAUUAUGAAAAUAUUAAGUUAUUUACUUAAGUAUGUAAAUAAAACAACAUUCUAUGCAAAUGACCGGCGUUAUUAAUCCCCUAUACCAAUAAAGUUUAAUUGUCUUUGUAGUCUGUCAGUGUGUAAAAUGUAAUAAAAAUGCUGGAAUUGUAA